AUGUCUUCCGGCUACGGACUCAACGGGGGUCCGUCACGUUGCUUUCCCUUCUGGCAGGAGGUUCUUGCAUGCUAUGUCGUGAACACCAACUCGGACGAUGAUUCGGGAAAGAAGAAGUGUGUUCCGGUACUGGAGGACUACUAUGAGUGUUUACAUCACAAGAAGGAGGCCACACGAGUACGGGCAUUACAAACGGCAUAUAGAAAAGCCGAAGCUGCCCACCCUCGAGACGAUGCACCGAAAGUCGGCGCGAUAAGAAAUUUGGGUCUGCUAGACAAGGAAGAGGAUACCAAAGCUGUGCUGGGCAAUUGAGCUGGUGCAGAAAGUCCCAGAGGGCGUUGUACAUAGGGAAAUGGAAGCAUUGCAAGAAUCAUCAUGACAAGCAUUGUUUCAGUGGGGUUUUUUGAGUAGACAUACUCUCAGCGGAAUAUGAGCUACCAUACAGUAAAGCCGCUCGGAAGAAAAGUGCUAGUUGUAUGCGUUUGGUCUGCGCAUUCUCUCUGAUGAAUUGCCGCGGAAAACCUAGCCUGGCC